AUGCUCCUAACAAAGGAAAAGCUGGUGGAAACCCAAAGGAAAAAAAGGAAUGGAAUCCAGUUAAGCAUUCAAAGGGGGAAUGAUCAACCUAGUAGCAGUAAUAACCAACAAAAGAAUCAAAACAACAAUGGAAGGAGCCUGUCUCAAGAACAUCGAGUAAAAACUCACAAUUCCUAUGCAGUUUUGGAGACAGAGGAGAAACAAGACCCUAAGGAAGAUAGUUGUAUUAAUACUAACAAAGAGUCGGGCAAAGAUAAUGAUAAAGCAACUAAGAGUCUAGAUAUUGGACAGGACAAUGGGAUUCGUGGAACAUCACAAAUAGGAUUAACAAGUAGUGAAGACAAUGCUCAGAAAAGUGCUCAUAAAGAAGAGAAUAAUGCUAAGGAAAAGGUUACAGUAGAACAAACAAUUGAGACAAGCAAGGAGAAUAAUAGAACAGAAGAAGAGGAACCCAAAAAUCAUGAUGCAGAGAAUGUUGAUAAUUCUGAAUCUGAUGAUUUUAUAGAGAGCAUAGAGAAACUAGAAGAUCAACAUUAUUCAGAAAAUAAUAAGGACGAAGAGAACUCUAGAUCAAAAAAGGUGAUUCCUAGAGCUGCAACAGGAAAAGAAGUGGAUGAACAAGAAAAGAAUAAUCUUGAACUUAACAUUGAUCAUAUUGCAAAGGAAGCGGAUUUGUCUCCUAAACAAAUUAGCAAUCUCAAACACAACAAUUCAAAGGUAAAAAGGGGUAAACCAGUGAUAGACACUUCUGUUCCUGUCAGAAUUUUACCAAAGAGACUUACAGUCUCUAAAUAUGCCAAGCAAUGA